AUGCUUCUCCAUGGUAUACUAGCUGCGGAAAGGAAACGUUAUGAAGAAAAAGGGAAGGAUGCUAUGAUUUACCGCAUUGGAAUUUCUGGCAGUCCGGGAGUCGGCAAGUCUUCUUUCAUUGAGGCUUUGGGCAAAGAACUGAUCGAUGAACGUGGCUUGAAGAUUGCAGUACUAACAAUUGACCCUACCAGUGCAGUUACAGGAGGAUCUUUGCUGGGUGACUUGACACGAAUGCAGGAGCUGUCACGGAACCCCAAGGCUUACAUCAGACAGUCACCAACGAGUGGUUCUUUGGGAGGUGUGACAAGAGGUAUCCAAGAGGCGAUCAUUUUGUGCGAAGGAGCUGGCUAUGAUGUGGUUAUAAUUGAAACUGUAGGUGUUGGACAGUCAGAAGUCGCAGUUGUGGAUAUGUGUGAUAUAUUCUGCUUAUUGCUUUCGCCUGCUCAUGGAGAUGAGUUACAGGGAGUGAAACGUGGAAUUAUGGAGCUGAGUGAUCUCUUGAUUGUUACAAAAGACGAUGGUGAUCUACGAGCCAAAGCCAAGCUAACACAAGCAGAAUACAUAUCAGCAUUGAAAUAUAUGCGACCACGGAUUCCAAUCUGGAAGCCUAAGGUUCUUCGAACGUCCAUAAUGGAUCCCAAAUCAAUAGCAGCAGUUGCGGACACUAUGUACCAAUACUGGGACACAAUAAAGAAAUCUGGUGAUCUGGAAAAGCGACGCUCAGCUCAGAUGUCGAGAUGGAUGUGGAAUCAUGUACAGGAUGAACUGAUGAAAGUUUUCACAGAACAUCCAAAAAUUGCCCCAAUGGCACCGGCUCUUGAAAAGGAUGUUCGUGAAGGGAAGAUCACUCCUGGCUUAGCUUCUGAAAUGAUGCUUAGAACAUUUUUGAAUGUAUAA